AUGGAAGAUCGAUAUGAUCAAACAAAUAGGGCGAAGCUAUAUCAAGUCCAAAAGGAGAUCAACAACCUUGUUCAGGGCUCCUUAGACAUCACUACCUACUAUACACGAAUGAAGAGACUAUGGGAAGAAUUAAACACCCUGAGUGGUAAAUCUCAGCACAGCUGUGUUUGUACAUGUGGGUCAAAGAAAAUGUUGCAUAAGGAAGAACAGGAUCGACGACUCAUUCAAUUCUCGAUGGGCCUAAAUGAGGUCUAUACAAUAGUGCGAGGAAGUAUUUUGAUGAUGAAACCUCUGCCAUCUUUGGCACAAGCCUUCUCCCUCCCAAUCCAAAAAGAGAAACAAAGGGAAUUCAGGCCAAAUAAUCAGCUAAACCUCGAGUCUACUUCACUGCAUGUGAACGCCACAUUUGCACAACAUCAAAAUCCAUUCGGAGCUAGAAAUUUCAAAACACACUACACUCCAAAUAACAGGGGUCAGCCAUUUUGUGACUAUUGCAAAAGACCAGAUCACGCAAAGGAGAAAUGUUACAAGUUACAUCCCCAAGUCAAUUCGUACAACAAUCAAAGCUUCAACAACACCGGUGCUCAACAGUUUAAUCAGAGAAACAACUCAAAUCAGACUCAACGUCAUAAGUUCAAUAGAGGGAAAGGAUCUUGGCAAAUGUACAUGGAGUUCCAGCUAAUUUGCUUCAUGAGAAGGAAGAUGAUUCAGUUCCACAUGAUGAGAAUCAAAAUGUCAAUCUAA